CGUUCGCUCGUCGAUUCGCUCACUUUCGAGUUAGGUUAGGUUGGACCAUGUGCGACAGGUUAAUGUGGCGACAAACAUUCUUUCUUCAAUUUCAAAGUCUUCCUCGAAAUGCAGAAAUAUCAGAAAAAUCGCUCGAGUCCGAAACACUUGGAUCCAAAAUGCCUGACGUUUUCGAUUUUUACGACGGAAGACGUGAUAAAUUUAAGCGUUAUAAAGAUUAGAACUCCUCUCUCGUUUAACAUAUUGGGCCAUCCAUUGAAAGGUGGUUUGUACGAUCCAGCAUUAGGACCUUUGCUCGAGAGUUCAGACCCUUGUGCAACAUGCGGUUCCACGGUAUUCAAAUGUCCUGGCCAUUUUGGUCAUAUAGAAUUACCCAUGCCAGUUGUCAAUCCGUUAUUUCACAAAGCAUUGUCCAUGCUGAUAAAGUUAUCAUGCCUAAACUGUUUCACUUUACAAAUUCCAACUCAUAUAAAGAUGUUAUUGUGCGGAAAACUAAAGAUCCUAGAAAUGGGAUUACUGAGCGACAUAGACGGUUUGGAAGAUGAAAUAACAUCCGGCAAAACAAAAUCCCAAGAUAUAGACGAAUCUGAUCUGGUAUAUAUUAAAGACAUAAUAGAAACGUAUAUAAGGAAUCUUGUUAACAAAGCAAGACAUUUGCCUAGCAGUCGUACCAAUGGAAUUCACUUAAAUACAAAAAAUGUCAAUGCCCAGUGGCAUUUGUACGUGGAUAGCGUCCUAAAGCAAUAUAACGCCGGAAAAAUAUGUAUAAAUUGUCAGGAAGCUAUACCAAAGAUUACUAUUUUAAGGAACAAGAUAAUGACGACUAAAGUAAAUGAUGCCAAUUUCGCUACGACUAAUAUAAAGUCGCACACGAUAGUAAAUAAAUUGGAAACAAUAAUCGUAAUGCCGGAUCAAUCGAAGGAAUAUCUGCGAAAGUUGUGGGUAAAUGAGAAAGAAUUUCUUAAAGUGAUCAUUCCUUGCUUGAAUAACGUAAAUACCGAGUACGCGACCGACGUAUUCUUUUUCGACGUAGUGCCCGUUUUGCCGCCCAUAGUAAGGCCCAUAAACUUUCUUCAUGGACAAAUGAUCGAACAUCCACAGAGUCAAGUUUACAAAAGUAUCAUACAAGAUUGUUUAAUCCUUAGGAACAUCAUACAGUCUAUACAGGAUGGUAACACGAGCCGUCUACCGGAGGAAGGAAGGAUGGUCUUUGAACAAAUAAAGGGCGGUACGCCCGUAGAAAAGCUCCACAAUGCUUGGCAAACGUUACAAACCGAUAUAGAUCACUUAAUGGAUAGAGAAUUGAAUAAGACCCCGGAUUCUGCGAAUUGUCAUGGCUUGAAGCAGGUCAUUGAAAAAAAGGAAGGCAUCAUAAGGAUGCACAUGAUGGGUAAAAGGGUGAAUUAUGCGGCACGUUCGGUCAUUACGCCCGAUCCAAAUUUGGACAUCGACGAGAUUGGCAUCCCCGAGACUUUUGCGCUGAAAUUGACCUAUCCAAUACCGGUAACACCCUGGAAUCUACUCGAGUUACGACAAUUGGUAUUGAACGGUCCAAAUAUUCAUCCAGGUGCAGUUAUAAUAGAAAACGAGGAUGGCUCUGUGCAACGUCUCAAUCCUUACGACAUAACGAAGAGGGAAGCGAUAGCGAAACGUUUAUUGCCGAGCAGUGAUAAGGCCAAUCGUUUCUUUAACGGCAUUAAAAUUGUCCAUAGGCACUUGCAAAACGGCGAUAUGCUUUUGGUAAAUCGUCAACCGACGUUGCACAAGCCUAGCAUAAUGGCGCACAAGGCGCGCAUAUUAAAAGGCGAAAAAACAUUGCGCCUUCAUUACGCCAAUUGUAAGGCCUACAAUGCGGACUUCGAUGGGGACGAGUGUAACGUUCACUUUCCCCAAAAUGAAUUGGCAAGGAGCGAGGGAUAUUUAAUUGCUAACGUAUCAAAUCAAUAUCUCGUACCAAAGGACGGUACCCCAUUGAGCGGACUCAUACAAGAUCAUGUAAUAUCCGGUGUACGUUUGACCAUGCGAGGUAAAUUCUUUUGUCGUACCGAUUACAUGCAAUUGCUCUAUUGCGCCUUGGUAGGGCACAAAGGAGAUUUGAAAUUAUUACCGCCUACCAUAUUGAAGCCUUUCCCAUUAUGGUCGGGCAAGCAAAUAAUAUCUAGCAUACUUAUUAAUAUUACUCCACCUAAUACCGCGCUUAUUAAUUUAAAGUCAAGGGCAAAGAUUAGCGUUAAACAAUGGCAAAGACGGGCGUCACGACGGUGGAAGUGCGGCGGUAAAGAAUUCAAAUGUCCCGAAGAAAUGUCGGAGGCAGAGGUAAUCGUAAGAAACGGCGAGCUCCUUUGCGGCGUACUCGACAAGACGCAUUACGGCGCAACUCCUUACGGUCUGGUACAUUGCGUUUAUGAAUUGUACGGAGGACCGUGCUCUAGCAAAUUGUUAAGCGCUCUUGGGAAACUCUUUCAGGCAUUUUUACAAAGGGACGGAUUUACUCUCGGCAUCGAGGACAUUUUAAUAGUUCCGAGGGCGGACGUCAAGCGCAAAGAGAUCAUCUCGGAAUGUAGAAAAUUGGGAGAGGAUGUGCAAAGGGCCAUAUUGGAGAUGCCUGACGAUACGCCGACGGAUGUGAUAUUGUCUAAAGCGGAAGAAUCGUAUAGAACGGAACCGAAAUUUCGUGCGCAGGUUGACAGGAAGUACAAAAAUGUAUUGGACGUUUACACGAACGACAUUAACAGAACUUGCUUGCCGGCGGGUCUUUUGAAAAAGUUCCCCCACAAUAAUUUACAAUUGAUGGUACUAUCGGGUGCCAAAGGGUCUAUGGUAAAUACUAUGCAAAUUUCCUGUUUGCUCGGUCAAAUAGAAUUGGAAGGCAAAAGACCGCCGCUGAUGAUAAGCGGCAAAAGUUUACCGAGUUUUUCCCCGUAUGAUCCGACGCCUAGGGCCGGUGGAUUCGUAGAUGGACGUUUCAUGACCGGGAUAAAACCUCAAGAAUUCUUUUUUCAUUGUAUGGCCGGUAGGGAGGGCUUGAUCGAUACCGCGGUAAAGACAAGUAGAUCUGGUUACCUCCAAAGGUGUCUUAUAAAGCAUUUAGAGGGCUUGGUUGUUGAUUAUGAUUCGACCGUAAGAGAUUCCGACGGUAGCUUAAUACAAAUUUAUUACGGCGAGGAUGGCCUAGAUGUGACCGCCUCGACGUUCCUGAAGAAGGACCAUAUGGAUUUUUUGGUGGAUAAUAAAAAUGUCAUCGUCGAUUCGAAUCUGGUGACGUAUUUGAAGGCAGAGACAAAUUAUCAAUCCACUUUGAGAUCGAUAAGGAAAAUAAAGAAAUGGACGAAGAAAAAUGACGGUAGGACGUUGACUAAAGUAAGGAGAAACGAAUUUUCUUUAUUUACCGCGGACAAUUAUAAUCCUGCUAGUUCGAAAUUCAAACGUAUCGACGAGAACAGCGGAAGAAGUAAAGGGACACUAUCGCUUAUAAGGAAAUGGAUAAGGAUGGACGAGGAAACGAAAAAGUCAUAUAAAAAGCAAUGCACCAAAUGUCCAGAUCCUUUGACGUCGAAAUUCAGACAGGACAUAGAGUUUGGCGUACUUUCGGAAAGAUUGGAGAUGCUGAUGGACGAAUACGUAACGUUGUCGGACAAUAAGCCGUUUGAUAUGAGCUUUGGAACGGCGAUGGAUAAGGCCGAAUUGAGAGAUCUUUUGUCAAUGAAGGUAAUGAAAUCGAUAUGCCCGCCGGGCGAGCCCGUUGGUUUGUUAGCGGCACAAUCGAUAGGAGAGCCAUCGACGCAAAUGACGCUGAAUACGUUCCACCACGCGGGACGCGGCGAAAUGAACGUUACCUUGGGUAUUCCAAGAUUGCGCGAGAUAUUGAUGAUGGCCUCGAGAACCAUAAAGACCCCGACGAUGGAGAUACCCUUUAAGAAGGAUUUGCAAAAUCUUACCAAACGAUCGAAUAAAUUACGACAAAAAUUGACAAAGUGCAUUAUGACUGACGUUUUGAAGGAUAUUAGAAUCGACAAGGAGAUGGAACAUUUUCCUCACCGACGUUUGCUUCACACGUUGCAUAUUGAAUUUUUACCUCACAAAUAUUACAAAAGUGAAUUUUCCGUGAGCCCACAGGUUGUAAUAGAAAAGACCGAACAAAUCUUUUUCAAAGCAUUGUUCAAGGAAAUAAAAAAGAUUGCCAAGGUAACUGGCACCUUGAUACACGUCGAAGAUGAGAAAAAACGAGGGAACAACGAAGAUAAGGAAUUGGACGAAGAGGAGACCGAUGAGGAACCGAAGAAGGCGUCCAAAUUGACGAACGUUAAAAGAGAUUUGGGAGAGCAACACGAGUCGUCCGACGAGGAGGAAGCCGCGGAGGAUGCGGACGCGACGGUGACUCGGACGAUAUCGCGUCACCAAGAAAAUCAGGAGUACGAGGGCGAUACCGAGGACGAGGUGGAGGAUGGGAAUGAAAAGGACGAUGACGAUGAUAUCAAAGAGAUGGUGCCGCCUCGUGAAUCGAGCAACAACGACGUGGAAGAGAGGGAUGACGAUGACGAUUGGUCUUUAGGAAGGAGCUAUGAUGCGAACGACAAACACAAGAAAUGUAAUAAUGAUAUAGUCAAUGCUUAUACGUAUGCACUGGAAUACGAAUGUGACCAAGUAAAAUCCUUGUGGUGCAGAUUAAAAUUCUGGUUGCCGCUUAAGAUGACCAAGAUAGACUUGCCAACGAUCAUUAGAAACGUUGCCGGCAAAGUGAUCCUCUGGGAGACUCCUGACAUAAGAAGAGCUUUUACGAUCGAGAGUUCUGACGGAGAAACUAUUCUUAAAACCGACGGAAUAAAUAUAAUAGAAAUGUUCAAAUACAACGAGAUUUUGGAUCUCCCUAGAUUAUAUUCCAACGAUAUCUAUGGUAUUUCUCAAACUUAUGGUAUCGAAGCUGCCAACAAAGUAAUAAUAAGAGAGGUCAAAGACGUAUUCAAAAUGUAUGGAAUAACGGUGGACUCUAGGCAUCUCUCUCUAAUUGCCGAUUACAUGACAUUCGAUGGUACAUUUCAGCCUCUCAGCCGCAAAGGCAUGAACGAUUCUGCCUCGCCUUUGCAACAAAUGAGCUUCGAAAGUUCUCUCAAUUUUUUGCGCAAUGCCAUAUUACGAAGAAAGCAGGACGAUUUAAAGUCACCAUCCGGUCGAUUGAUGCUAGGUCAACCAUGUAGAUCGGGUACAGGUGCAUGCUCUUUAUUAACGAAAAUACUUUAGCACAUCCGAUUAAUUAAUUACUUAAGGAAACCUUUUUUAUUAUUUAUCAUCGGCAUAUACCGAUACAAUGUCCAGAGAUUAAUUUUAAUAAUAUCAUUUACCUGGAACGUGUAUCGUAUGGGAUUUUCCUUUUAUUUAUCAAAGAAUCCAUUAAGAGUUCGAAUCUUGAGUGUCGAAGAGGAGAAGAAGCCGCAGCAUUCGUCGUAAAUUGCGGAAAAUAACGGCGUAUCAGUCCAAUCCGCUAAUAAUGUAUAUAUUGUACAAAGGAAUAUAAAUAUUAUAUAUUUUUUAUUCUUCGA